GGAAAUAGUGUGUAGAAUUAGUCGCGCCGGUUGUUUGCAAACAAAGGUGUUGUUUUUCCUUGAUGUCUUCGGAAAACUACAAGGGAAUGAGGAAGCUAAUCAGUUAAUGACAGAUUUCUGAAGAGUUAUAGAGCCCCAUAAGACUGCCUGUCUACAACAUGCAUGACUGGCUCUCACAUAGCAUGAUCUUUGAUAACAGAAAGUAGUGAAAUACUGCAAAACCAGUCAAACUCUUGAUCAUCGGGAGGCUGUCUGAAGGAAGACAAAAAUUCACAGGUUCUGCCAAAAUGAGGACCACUGACUUCUUAAUAGCUGUUGUUGCCUUGGUAGUCAUGACAAUGGGACCAGGGUCACAUGGGCUUCAAAUCGUCGGCACAUACCGGGACCCGUAUGGUGAAGAGUUGUUACAGAUGGCAAUGGAAGAAAAAAGUGAAAAUCUGCUUGUUACAAGUGCCAAAACUAUAGCUAAACUUAACAGUGAUCUCAAGUUAGGGUAUUUACAUAAAUUGGGAUUAAAUUUUACCAAUUCUAAUACUAUUGUGAUAAAUGACGAGCAAAACUUGGUAAUACUGUGUUCUAGCCAGUCUGGCAUGUGUGCAGUGGUCUCGUACGUGGAUCUUUCCAAAGUACUUGCAACCAGCAAGGUUCCGAUCAUGACUCUGGUUGGAAACACUUCAAGCCUUGUUGCGUAUAAUCCAGCAAGUCAGACUGUGAUUGUUGCUAACAACUUUGUUCAGGAUGGCGACAAAUCGUCCCGAUAUAUCCCAGUGCUCAGCUCAAGGUCAUUCAGUGAUCUCACGCUAGUCAACGGUGAACAAUCUGCUCUUUACACUUUGAAUCUCAACAAAAUACCUAAAGAUUUCUUUGCUGAAUAUCUUUACUCAUUCUCGAAAGGCCAGUUCACUUAUUUUGUUACCAGACAGUUGAAUCCAAAAGCUUUAAAGGUGCAAACAAAAGUCUCGCGAAUAUGCCAUAGUGACCUUAAACAUAGCGCGCACAUACAAAUUCAACUGGAUUGUGUUGUAGACACAAAAGUACAAUUCUCGGUAGUGCAGGCUGUCUAUUAUGAGACAAAUUCCAACAAAUUAUUCAUGUCAUUUACCAAAGGAUACUCAGACAACAUUAAAGAUUCAGCAGUCUGUGAAUUUGAGCUGCAUGCCAUUGACAAGAUGCUGAAAACGUCGGUUGAGGAAUGCUACCAUGGAAACGGGUUGACCGGACCUGCACACCUGCAUGUAGAAUCAACCUGCACACAUCUAAAUGCCAAGCCGGAUGAAUGCGGGAGGUCCAAUCAUUCAGAAUAUUACAGAGCCAUUCAGGGGGUGUCUCCGUUGUUUGAACGACCCCUGCUCACUGUUCCUGGAACAUUUGUGACAUCCCUUAUUGCAAACACUGAUCAUAAAUAUGUGAGCCUGUAUCUUGGAACCAAGAAUGGCUCAAUACUCAAGUACGUUAUCAGCAAAGAUGGCCUGGUGUCCAUGGUGAGUGAAGUUGUUCUUGACCCAGGCCAGGAGAUCAAAGGUCGCCUGUUGCUUGCACCCAGUAAAGACAUUUUGUAUGUGAGGACAAAGAACAAGAUCUCCAAGGUAUACCUGGAUCAUUGUGGGGUUUGGUCGUCAUGCCAACAGUGUUCUAUGUCCCUGGACCCACUGUGCGGAUGGUGUGUGCUAACCAAUAGUUGCACCAUGGAGUCACAGUGUGGUAAGGGAGCCGUGAGCCCAGCAUGGCUGCCAGCCCAGACCGGGUCUUGUGCCCAGAUGAGGGAUAUCACACCCACAAUGGUGUCCUACAGGCUAUUGACAGAGGAUAACCAGAUAAGGUUCAAUCUAGACAAAAUAUCUACAACCAGUUUGAGCCAACUUGAAAUACGCUGCAGUUUUAUAGUCCUGGGAACCAAGCACGUUACCAUAGCAACCAUAGAUGGGGAUGCUGUCAAAUGUCGUUUACCAGAGAGAACCAAGUUGCCUACCCUGCCUCAUGGAAAAGUGAUUUGGGCAGACAGAGACCACACUGUUCUUGAAGUACAGUUCCAAGUGGAGGGCCAAACCAUAGUGAAACGAGACGUGUCUCUCUAUGACUGCCAGCUGAACACAAAUUGCACGAGCUGCACUGAGAGUACGUUUGGCUGCAAGUGGUGCCAUGUGCGGGGGCUGUGUGUCAGUGAUGCAGCACCAGCAUGCCCAGAUCAGACUACAGCCGCAGUUCAGUCCCCUGUCAAGUGUCCACGAUUGGAGACCACUUCAUAUGACACUGACGUGGUUGUACAUUCCGGCCAGAAUAAGAGCAUCAGUGUACGCGUGGCGGACAUUCAACCUGACCAGAUGGUCAAUGUCCUCUGCCUGUUCACGUACAGCGGGGAAGUGAAGUACUCCACGGGGAAAAUCAUGUCCUCCAACCUAGAGUGUGAGGCUCUCCAGUUUGAGUUCUCUGAUGUUACGUUGCCCAUAGUAACCGCUCAGUUCACUGUGACGAGUGGGAAGCACAGUGUUCCAUUGGAUAAUCCACAGAAUAUCAAAGUCCGCAUCUACAAGUGUGGUACCAUGGUCACCAACUGUGGUCAGUGCCUAAGUAUGGACCCGGAGUACGAGUGUGGCUGGUGUGUGGGUGCGAGCCCCACAUGCUCCCUUCAGACUCACUGCCCUGCCUCUGACUGGCUCGACCGCUCAGCUGUCUGUCCCAACCCUCAGAUACUCAGGUUUAACCCCUUGAGUGCCCCAAUCAAUGGUCGCAGCAACGUCACAGUGACAGGUUUGAACCUGGGCAGGUCCUACACGGACCUCCGGGUCACUGUGGCAGGGGUCAGGUGCUCCGUCCAGUCAUCUGAAUAUGAGGUCUCACAGAGGUUUGUGUGUCAGCUGAACAGUCCAGCAAGGGUCAAAGAGGCUCCUAUAACCGUCACUGUGGCGAGCCAGUACACUGUCAACUCUACAAACAUGUUCAUGUUUGUUGACCCUAGUGUGACAGGUGUGAACCCCUCAAAGGGCCCUGUCUCAGGGGGCACAACUCUACAACUGAGCGGGGAGCACAUGAACACUGGAACCAUGACAACAGUGGACAUUGGGGGGAGCCCCUGUCAUGUGAUCAGGUACAGCGCCAAUGUGAGUACCCUGGAGUGUGUGACCUCUCAGCAGAUCGCCAAUGACAACAGCCUUGACAUUGAGGUCAACUUUGGAGGUCAUAGGAAAUUGGCACCAGAAAAAUUUACAUAUGUCAGCGACCCAAAUAUAUUUGCCAUUGAACCAAAGGAAACAAUUCUCAGUGGAGGAACAUCGGUGACUGCCAUGGGCCAAAACCUGAUCUAUAUACAGAAUCCAGAGUUCUUUGUUGAGCAUAACAACAGGAAAUACAAAACGGCCUGCCAUCAGCAGCCUCUGACUGGUUGGUUGAUCUGCAAGACCCCUAGAGUGGUGUUUGCCGGAGAACUGAUCACUGAAACCAGUCCUCGCGAGGUGCCGUAUGGUUUCAACCUCGACGGUGUCACCACCUACCGGAACAUAUCUGCUAACCCUGAUUUUGGCCCACUGCUCUACUAUCCGAAUCCUGAAAUCGAGGUCUUUGGUCAGCCUGGCACUGCAAACGGGAAAAAGUUUGAAAAGGAGCACAAGCUUGUUAUUAAGGGUAAUUUCCGUCGACUGAGUCCAUUCAUGCAAGAUGUCAACAUAACAGUAGGAGGCAGCGAGUGCAGGAAACCUGUGGCAACUGACGAUGCUCUGUCAUGUGACCCUCCCGCCCAGCCUCAAGUUGUUGAUAGCCAUGGAAACGCACUUGUUGUGUUGGUGAUUGGACACAUGAGGCAAGAAGUCGGUCUCAUGAAGUACUUCAACCAUGACGACGCUGAGAAACCAAUCGCCAUUGGUAUAAUCCUGGGCGUGGUGAUCCCUAUCAUAGCGAUCAUCAUACUCCUGGCAGUCUGCGUGAUCCGGCGGCACAGGAAACAUCGGCCGAGCGCAGGCUACAUCCCUGACGUGUGGAAGGAGGAGACGCAGAAGGAAGAGGGAGAGGUGGAACUCAACCAUGUGGCCGUCAAGGCCGAUAUGAACGGAUCCAUACCUGAUGAUAGAGACUUAGAGCCAUACCUAGAGGAGCUGCUGAGUAAAGUGGAGGCAGAAACAACGAAAGCCAGCAUUCAACAGAUGCUGAUAUCGCGUAGAAAUGUCCACAUUGGUGAUAUGGUUGGAAAAGGUAAUUUUGGUGUCACUCACAAGGGGAUGCACUCAUUCAGGGGUGAUGAGGACCCUAAAGAUGUGGCAGUGAAAACUCUCCAAGGCACAAAGUCUGACAGUGAGAGUGUAUCCCACCUGCUGCAGACGACAUCUCAUCUGCGCAACUUGCAGCAUCCUGGCAUUGUGCCAAUUAUUGGUGUCUGCAUCACCGUAGCAGACGACCCCCUCCUGGUCACCCCGUACUCUCACAUGGGCAAUCUGAAGUCAUAUGUCAGGGAUUCAAAUAAGGACUUGACAAUCCAAGAUUUACUGGACUUUGGUCAGCAAAUUGCAGAUACCAUGGAUUAUCUUAGCAGCCAGUCGAUUGUGCAUGGCAACCUGGCACUUAGGAACUGCUUUUUGUCAGAUGAGCGGAAAGUCCAGGUAUCCGACUACAGCCUUUACAAAGAUGUGUUCUCUCCAGAUGUGUACAAGAAAUGUGAGGAUAAAAACAAGGCCCUCGUCAAAUGGUCUGCACCAGAAAUACUCGAGGGAGAAGACUUCUCCACUGUGACUUCAUACUCAGAUGUGUGGUCGUAUGGUGUUGUUUUGUGGGAGCUUCUGACAAGGGGCAUCACUCCGUAUCCAGACAUAGAUAACUCUGCAGUAUUGGAACACGUGAAAAAUGGCAACAGAUUAAAGAAACCCAAGCAGUGCCCAGAAGAAGUGUACAAUGUGAUGGUGCGCUGCUGGGCGUUGGAGCCCAGGUCCCGCCCCUCAUUCCACCAGAUAGCUGCCGACGUUGCAGGCUUCUUGGGCCAUGCAGGGGACGAGUCUGGGGUAGGGGAGACAACUCCACUGCAAGAUGACAUCAAUGCCAGGCAGGAGAUUGUAUAAUGGGAUUGCUUAGCAACAGCUGCCUUCCUUGCACUGUACAAAUGUGCUGAUGUAACUAGUACACUGUAACUAUUAUCAAAACAGUCACACUAGACAGGAAGUUGUACAAACCUUUCCCACUCAGUAACUUGAUUUUAGCCAUAUGAAGUCACAUAAAAAAUCAAAUUUAAUUGAACAAUUUUCGUAAACAAUUUAAAUUUUUAAGGCUUCAAUUCUAUCACUAGGAUACUGAUGAGCAGCGAACAGCACAAAACCUGGUAAUGGUUUUCUGCUGGUUGCAUAAGCCAUUUUCACUUUUCCUUGAAGCAGGUAAAGGUUAAUGGGGUUACUGAGUAACAUCGGUCUCCUUUACAGUGUACCAACGUGCUGAUGAUGUAAAACUGUAUGACAUUGAUGUUUGAUAUUAAGUUUUUAUGACUGAAAUGGUUAAAUUAUGGAACUGUACAUUGUAAUAUAUGUAUGUAUGAAUAUUGUGAUUCUAGCCUCGAAAUUACAUGUUUUAUUAUUAUAAUGUUAGAAUAUCAAAUGUGUAGUCAUCUUAAAUUGUUCACGCUAUCAUAAAAAACGUUCAUCUUAUUAGAUGGUUCUGAGAAUCAAUUUCAGGUGUAUGUGAAUGCAUUUGCUAAAAGAAACGUUUUCUCUAUUGUUUUGUACAUUGAUAAUGCCAUAAUACUAGUACCAUAAAACCAACUGUUUAGUAUGUAGAUAAAUUUUAAAUCAAAUGUGUAAUAUAUAGGUUUUCUGCCUCUGCAUGUAAUUGCAACAUGAUACAUAAUGAAAUAUUGAGAGUAUCUGACAAGCUUAAUUUCUGUCAAGCCCUUUUGCAGCAAGCUUGAUAUAGCAAUCACAAUGGUAGAAUGAUUGUGCAUGCGUUCAUGAUUUCGAGCUUAUCCAUACUCUACAUUUGUCACUCAUUGUGAAAUAAAGAAAAACUUACCACAGAUUACCAUCAUCAUGAUAUGUCUUCAUAUCUUACAAUUAAAUGCCACACUAAAAGGUCAAAGAUGCAUUUGGGACAUUAAACAGGUUUUUCUUACUAUAACUUUGCUAUUCAAUAUUCAAUUUAAAAAUAUUUCAAAGGUCCUGGUUAAACUUUAAGGUAAAAUGUCAAAGUUGGACAUAAUACAAUAACUUGUUUUAGCUUGUCUGGACUUUUACUUUGUCAUUUAUUGUGCUAUGUUAGAAUAAAAAAUGACCAUCAUCAUAAGACGCCAUGUCACGUGUUAGUCUCAUUUUACCACCAAGUUCAAGGUCACACUUAGAGGUCAAAGGUCAAAUUAUCCAUUUAACAUCAUCCAGACUGUAACUAUGCCAUUCAUCCUGCAAGCUUAAUAUAGCUUACCACAAAUGAGAUGGAAGGUUGUCUAUACUACCUAUCUCCUUACUUUAAAGGUCAUGGUCACACUAAGAGCUCAAAUUUGGUCAUGAAACAGAUUGUCUGGACUAUAAAUAUGACAUUAAUCAUGUGUUUAAAAUAAUUAAUCAUAAAUAUCUACCAUGAGAAGAUUAUGUGCGGAUUGUAAUAUCAGUCUCCCUACCUCAAAGGUCAAGGUCAGUCUUAAGGUCAAAUGUUAAAUUGGGCUAAAAAGCAUGUUGGCUAGAGUGUAACUGCAUAAUUGAUCAUGCAAUUGUAAAUUGUGUAUCACAAAUGCUCACCAUGCAGAUAUGUUGUGCCUUCCCUUGGACAAAGAUCAAGCUCACACUUGAAGUCAAAUAUGUGCAUGCUGCAGGUUGUUUAAUAAUGUCAGUCAUUAUUGACCAAUUGCUUGCUAUGCUGCCAAAGGGAUCUAGUUUCAUAUACAGUUUUACCAUAUUUGCCAUAUAAAUGGACUGGUCAAUAGAUUGCUAUGCACAUUAACUACAUAAAUAGAUUACUGUGUGUAUGUUGAUCUAAGAUCAGAGCUCCAUAAAUAAACUGCUGUCGCAAUAAUAAUCGUGUAUGCAAUCAUUAUAAUUUAUGCAUUUACAUGGGAUUCCUGUGUGAAAGCUGCUAUAAUGCAAGUGUAUUUUAUAUAAUUCUGUAUUCUUAUGUAUUGUAUGGUGCAUUUCUUGUAAAAUUGGUGCUUUUGUUGUUCUUAUGGUGUAUAUUAUUAUUUUGCUAUAAAUAGUUAGUUUAGCAUCAAAUGCAUGUACUAUUGUGUGUGUAUCGUUUCCAUGACCUUUCACUGUAUGUAACUGGCCAGUUUCAUUCAUAAAAAUACUGACAUGCACAUUUCAUUUUUUUACCAAUGCUAGUCUUGUUUCUUUUGUGGACAAAACUUGAGUUCAGUUGAAACUUUACACAACAUAUUUUAAUAAUUCAUAAGCGUCUGAUUUUAUGUGUUUUAUUUCUUAACAUGAUUUUAGUAAAUUCUGUUUUAUUUUUGCUGCUCAAAUUAUUGAGAAAGAUCUUGAGCGAAGAGGCAGGGUGCUGUAUCAGCCUACUUCACACUCCCAGUCUUUUUCUAACUUCUUAACAAAAAGUGUGAACAAAUAUAUUGUUAUAUAUAGUAGAUGUUUGUUUGAUUUUCAUUGGCAUAUGAAAAGGCUAUUCUUAACAACCUUUAGUGAAUAGCUGGGCAGAAAUGACCUGUAGAAAGAAAAAUUAAAAGAAGAUGGCAACCAGUUCCUUUCUUUUUGUAAGAAAGGAUCUUACCUAAUUUUUAACCACUAGUUUCAGACAUAAAAUUCUGCAAGUUUGAUUACCAUGAGGUUUACACACAAGCCUCUUACAAGCCAAUAGUUAUAUUGACAUAUGUCUUCUAUAAGGUGUGCCUUUAAUGUACCAUGGUCUAUAAUACUCUUGCCACCCAUGAUGUAUAGAACUCUGUAGACUAUAUACUUUCUGUGGUAUAAGACAAUGAACAUUUCUGAUUUGUGUGAUACAAGUUUACAACUGAGAUUAAAUUCUACCACAAGCUGUUUGAUUUCAUCAGUAGGCCGUAAAAUGUUUUAUUUAUGUUUAUGUACAUAUUUUACACUAAUUUAUGUGGAACAUACAAUUUUUAGCUCAUCUAUUUUUAUUUUUUUUUAAAUUAUGAGCUAUUGUCAUCACCUUGGCGUUGGCGUCCGGUUAAGUUUUGCGUUUAGGUCCACUUUUCUCAUAAAGUAUCAAUGCUAUUGCAUUCAAACUUGCUACACUUACUUACUAUCAUGAGGGGACUGGGCAGGCAAAGUAAGAUAACUCUGGCUUGCAUUUUGACAGAAUUAUGUGCCCUUUUUAUACUUAGAAAAUUGAAAAUUCUGGUUAAGUUUUGUAUUUAGGUCCAUUUUACUCCUUAAGUAUCAAAGCUAUUGCUUUCAUACUUGCAACACUUACUAUCAUAAGGGGACUGUGCAGGCAAAGUUUUGUAUCUCGGACUGGCAUUUUGACGGAAUUAUGGGCCGUUUAUACUUUGGUUGAGUUUGUGUUUUGGUCCACUUUACCCCUAAAGAACUUGGAACACUUGCAAACUUUCAUAAGGGGACAGUAAAGGACAAGUUGCAUAACUCUGGUUGUCAUUUUUACGGAAUUAUGGCCCUUUUUUGACUUAGUAACUUUGAAUAUAUGGUUACAUUUUGUGUUUAGAUCCACUUUACUUCUAAAGUAUCAAGGCUUUUGCUUUUAAACUUCAAAUACUUUCAUGCUAUCAUGAGGGUACUGUACCUGGCAAGUUGAAUUUUACCUUGACCUUUGAAUGACCUUGACUCUCAAAGUCAAAUUAUUAAAUUUUGCUAAAAUUGACAUAACUUCUUUAUUUAUGAUUAGAUUAGAUUGAUACUUUGACAAAACAACUCUUACCUGACAUACCACAAUAGACUCCACCCUAACCAUCCCCCCCCCCCGAAUCCCCCCUCAAUCCCCUCCCCAUUAUUAUUUUUUUAAUUAAAGAUCAUCUAAUUAAUGACCACCACACCCUCACACUAUACCCACCCCCCACCCCCCCACCCCCAAAAAAUAAUUUUUAUGCCCUUGGUAGGGUGGCAUACAGCAGUUGAACUGUCCGUCAGUAUGUCAGUCAGUCUGUCCGUCCGUUUGAUAAAAAACUUUCACAUUGGCCAUAACUUUUUCACUUUUGAAGAUAGCAACUUGAUAUUUGGCAUGCAUGUGUAUCUCAUGGAGCUGCACAUUUUGAGUGGUGAAAGGUCAAGGUCAUCCUUCAAGGUCAAAUGUCAAAUUUAUGGUGUCUGUCCGUCCAAAAACUUUAACAUUGGCCAUAACUUUUUUAAUAUUGAAGAUAGCAACUUGAUAUUUGGCAUGCAUGUGAAUCUCAUGAAGCUGCAUAUUUUGAGUGGUGGAAGUUCAAGGUCAAGGUCAUCUUUUUCAAGGUUAAAUUUUAUUUUAUUUUUAAAUUCAAAGCGGCGUUCUUAUGAAGCUGCACAUUUUGAGUGGUGGAAGGUCAAGGUCAUUCUUCAAGGUCAAGGUCAUCCUUCAAGGUCAAAGGUCAAAAAAAAUAUUUCUAAGUGGCGUUAUCAUUAAGCUGCACAUUUUAAUUGGUGGAAGGUCAAGGUCAUCCUUUUAGGUCAUCCUUCAAGGUCAAAGGUAAAAAAAAUGAUAAAAAAUUCAAAGCGGCGUUAUCAUGAAGCUGCACAUUUUGAGUGGGGGUAGUUCAAGGUCAAGGUCAUCCUUCAAGGUAAAAAAAAAUUACAAAUUUCAAAGCGGUGUUCUCAUGAAGCUGCACAUUUUGAAUGGUGGAAGGUCAAGGUCAUCCGUCAAGGUCAUCCUUCAAGGUCAAAGGUAAAAAAGUAAUAAUUUCAAAGCGGCGUUAUCAUGAAGCUGCACAUUUUGAGUAGUGGAAGUUCAAGGUCAAAGGUCAUAAAAAUAAUAUUUUAAAGUUGUGUUCUCAUAAAGCUGCAUAUUUUGAGUGGUGGUAGUUCAAGGUCAAGGUAAUCCUUCAAGGUCAAAGGUAAAAAAAAAAAAAAUUCAAAGCAGCGCAAUAGGGGGCAUUGUGUUUCUGACUAACACA